AAAUGAAUCUUGUGUUUUAGAAAGAUUGUUAAGUUAAUAAGGAGAAUAUUGAUCCUGACACAUGAGCUCCCUAAAACGUGACGUGUUAUUCGACUGGAAAGAUCAUUUUAAAUUUUCGAUGACGUCAUCAACAUAUCCAAAGAAUUUGAAAAAGGUUCGAAGAAAGGAAUUCAAAAGAUUGAAAGGCCAUACGUUCCUUGAUUUUGGGGGUUGCUCUCUUUACUCAACACGUCAAAUCGAUGAAUUCACAGAUUCACUGAAGCGUAACGUAUAUGGAAAUCCCCACAGUGGAAAUCCCAGCAGUGACUUGAUGGCUUUCGAAGUCGAAAAGAUGCGUAACACAAUCUUGGAAUUCUUCAACGUAACAUCAUCAGAAUACAGCGUGGUUUUUACAUCAGGAGCCACAGCUGGUUUGAAAAUUGUUGGACAAGCGUUUAACUGGGCUGAAGGCAAAUCAAGAUAUGUUUACUUGGAAGACAACCACACAUCAGUGGUCGGCAUCAGGGAAGCAGCUCAAGAUAAAGGAGCUUCCGCAGUUUGUAUGAGGUUUCCUAAAUCUGUUUCAAACAUGGGAGACAUAAAGGAGUUUCAACCAAAAUAUAUUGGUUCUGAAAAAGAUGGAAAAUUCUUGAACAAUAAUCAAAAUAAUAAUUUGCAUUCAGGAAAUGGUGAGGAGUUGUCGCAUUUAUUCGCCUACCCUGCCCAAAGUAAUUUCUCGGGUCGAAAAUAUCCCCUGGGUUGGAUUCGUUCGGUGAGGAAUGGAUUGCUUGGAAAUGUGUUGAAAGUGGGGGGUUCAUGGUACACAAUGCUCGAUGCGGCUGCUUUUGUGACGUCAUCAAAGCUGGAUUUAAAAGAAUAUCCGGCUGAUUUUGUGUCAAUGUCGUUUUACAAGAUGUUCGGAUUUCCUACAGGCAUCGGGGCACUAUUGGUCCGAAACACAUCGGCAAGAGAACUGAACAACAAAGUUUACUUUGGAGGGGGAACUACUAGGGUCUACUUACCUUCGGAAAACUUUCGAGUUUUUAGAUCAAAACUUCAUGAAAGGUUUGAAGAAGGCACAAUAUCUUUUCUUGAUAUCCUCGCACUUAAAUAUGGAUUCUCAACUAUUUUCCGCAUCGUUGGUUCCAUAGAAAACAUAUCUCAUCAUCUCUUCAAUUUAACUCACUGGUUAUAUCAUAACAUGAAGGACCUUACCCAUAAGAAUGGAGUUAAAUGCAUUAAAUUAUAUUCAGCUUCUGAAUAUAAGUCACCGACCACACAAGGAGCUACUAUUGCAUUCAACAUUGUCAACAAGUAUCAAGGGUUUGUUGGCUUCAACGAAGUUUUAUCGAAAGCAGCGAUGGUUAACAUUCAUUUACGUGGAGGUUGCUUCUGUAAUGUGGGAGCUUGUAACUAUUUGUUGACAAUUGGCGAUGGAAACAUAAAGCAAAUACAUAAAAGUGGUUAUGUAUGUGGAGAGGUUGAUAUCGUUGAAGGUCAACCAGUUGGAGCAGUUCGCAUUACACUUGGUUACAUGACAACAAAAGCUGAUGUUAAAAGAUUUCUUAAUUUUAUAAAAUUGACUUUUAUUACUUAAAUUAAUUUUCAUAUAUUUCUUUUCUGUUUUUUUUAUACGUUCCCAAUGCUGUUAUUGUAGAAUAUUGCACUAACUUCAUCUCUUCUGGCUAACAUGCUUGGAAUACAACAAUGUCAAUUCUUUUUGUAUGUCAAUUCUUGUAUUCUUCAAUCGUUUUUUACACUCUGAGAAAUAUACAUUGUUCUGCUUUUUUAUUACUAAUUGUGUUCCAACUUUACUAAGUUCUCUUUUGUAUUUGCACCUGUUUUAGAUGCACUUUUUAAAAAAAAGCGAUUUUUAAUACAUAAACAAUUUUUGCUUUGA